AUGGCGGACAAAAACAUCGGCAAAAGUGGGUCGGGUAUGAAACCCGUACCCAUGAAAUUAAUUGCGAGUUGGGAAAUGGAAAAAACGUCUCCAAAUUGUAUACCAAGGCAAUGCAGUCUAACCCUGACCCGUCUGGUGGUGACCAAACCCCUGGAGAAUGAUCUCACAUCUUUACUGGUGGCUGUUAAAAUGCAGAGUUCAAAGAGAGUUCUUCGUUCCAACGAAAUUGUUGUUCCUCAGAACGGUGUUUUGGACACAGAACUUGAUCUCUACUUCUCAUUGCCAUAUCCUCAUUUUAUGAAGAGGGAUGGAAAUAAACUUCAAAUCCUAUUACAACGCCGAAAGAAGUACAAGAAUAGAACAAUACUUGGCUACAAAACCUUGGCGGUAGGGCAAGUUAGCAUGGCACAGGUAUUGCAGUGCUCAAUCAGCAAGGAGCUGAACUUGUAUAGUGACCUGAAAGAGCGGACGAAUGUUGCUGCUCAGGUCAUGGUGAUUGCCCUGUCCAGUCAGCCUGUUGACCACGAGGAAAACGGACAUCGCAAACUGCGUACCUCUGAUGUGGAGAAUUACACAGACGAUGAAGAUGCUCCUUAUAAUGACCCUGAAUACUCAUCCAAUGACGAGCUCAGUGACAGCGAGCCAAUGAUGUUAGAGGAAGAUGGACGCUCAAGGCCUCGGAAAACUGGACGCUUACAGUUCAGACCUCUGAUGUCCAGCCAACGAAAUUUCAAGCAGAAGUUUGUUGCCCUUUUGAAGAGAUUUAAAGUGACAGAUGAGGUGCUGGAUUCAGAACCUGACCAGGAGCUGGUAGACACUGACCAAAACCCCCAGGACAUUGAUGACCUGUUUGAGGAGCUGGAGAAUCUCAGUGAUAGUGAACCUGACCUGGACACACUCAGUGUUAUCUCUACUCCCAAACCCAGCCUCAGACCUUUCUUCACCGGUAAAGCCAGAUCAGCUGAAUCCCCAGAAAUGACAAAGUCUCUGGACAGUGGCUCUAAACUUCAGGAGGACAUUCCUGGUGCCAGUAUAAAGAGGAUGGACUCUGAGCCUCACAUGGAGAUACCAGAAAUAAGCAUUACUACCACCCCAGGCCCCGAGGAGUAUGUAAAUACAGGACUGGAGCUUAAUGAGCCCCUAAUGCCCACAGUUAAAGGUGAGCAGGCAGGACAUACCGCCGAAGAUAAAAAAGCCAAUAAAACAAAGUCACCACCUGUGCGGAGCAAGUUUUUCUCUCGGGAGCGGAGUUUGUCAUAUAGGGAGAAAAAGUCAAGGAAAGAAAUAAAAAGUGUGCAGGCUGGCAGACGGUACAGUACAGGAGCCACUGAUCAUUUGACUGAGUGUGAGAUGCUGGAGAUAACCAUGUUGCCAAGGAAAGCUCUGCUUGACCAGCUCAAGACGGUGGUUGGAGAGAAUGAUGAUAAGUUACCAGAGAGUGUCAUUCUAGUGAACAAUCAGGACUAUCAUGGGCAGAUUUUGGUGCAAAGGAUGCAGGAGAAACCUAUCAACUUUGUGUGCACAUGUUCUAGUGCUGAUGUGAAAGCUGCUCUGUGCUGUCUAGUCAAUAAAAUACAGAAAUUUUGCCAUAGUAACUCAAAGUCCCCAAAACCAAUCAAAGUUGGCAUAGCAGGAACGGAUGGUUAUGUGAAUAGUGUUUUGCGACCAUAUUUGGACCUGUUCUCCAACAAGUCACCUGAUUGGCAGACGUAUAUUCGAUUUCUAGUCAUUCCAUUUGGAGCCAGCAAUAUUGCCAAGUACCUGGGCAGCAUUGAUAAUGUCUACAACUCCCUGUUUCUGGAUAAUUUGUGGAAGGAAACAUUUGAGAAAACAGACCAAGCUAAGCUGGAUCAGCAGGAGCUAUUCAAUAGAUUAUCAAAGUAUAUGAGUAGCGCUAACUCUGUGGCUCAGAUCCCUAUAGCAGAGGCCAUGGUCACCAUUAAAGGCAAAGGCACGGAUGAAGAGUCGUCUCAGAUCUUUCUCCCAUUCAUCAGUGAGGUGAAGAUUGGAACACCUGAGCUAUUGAACACAUCAGUGGACUUUGAAGAGGGCAUGAUCAGCCCACCAGCCCUGUCUGGUUCUCCACCAGGGAGCUGUUCAGGGCUAAUAGAGAAGGCUAAGGAAGGCCACACCCCUCCGAGCUCCCCCAGUGUCAACACCUCAAUCCCUAUCCUCAGUCCUGCCACGCCCUCCUCGUCAGCCUCCUCACCAGUAGGGGAGUACAUGGAGCUACAGGUGGACUACUGGAUGAACCAGGGCAAGCCUGACACAGGGGACAAAGACAAGGUGGGCAAGAAGGACAGCAACAAGUGUUCCCUCAAGUCUGCCUUCAGAUCUCUCCACGUCAGCCGCUUCCCUCCCACCAGCGACGGUGCCAUGCCCAUGGUCAUUGUCACCAAGGAGAAGAAACAGAAGAUUAUGAGGUUGGGAAAGAAGUCCAAAGAUGUGGAGUCCAAGAGAGAGGCAAUAGAUGGAAUCUGUCGGCUGAUAUGUACAUCCAAGAGUCAGAACAACACUUUAAAAGUGACUGUUGAUGGCAAUGAGUGGACAGGGGUGAAAUUCUUCCAGCUGUCUCCGCAGUGGCAGACCCACAUUAAACACUUCCCUGUGGCCAUAUUUGGUCAUUCAGAGACUCCUUGCUGAAUGCAGCAUGGGGCAGGACUCCCCACGCAAAGGUGGACUGUGAACAACUUACGUUGAUGUGUCAGUAUUAUAGAGAUGGAGGCCAAGGACUCUCUGAUCAGGAGACUGUCUCCCACUCACACAGACUAAGUACUUGUGGAUUAAGUUUAUCGUAAUUAUCAUGCUGCAGGAUGUUGUUGUCGUCAUGAAUUAGCCAGUGUGUAUGUAAUUUCAUGACUUCUGCAGGUCAGGGGGCAAUGUGUUACAUCUUAUUUUGAUGGAACUGACCUCCAGCCUUUAAACUGUAGCACAAGGAGAUUGUGUUCAGAUUUUUUUAAUUUGUCACUGUGUGAACUGCCGCUGUGAAGUUUCCAACACCUUGUAAAGAAACCAUUUAUAACAAAGCACCAGGAUUUUUUUUUUUAUCUCAUUAUGUUUUAUUUUGCAAAAUAUCACUGUUGUCAGGGGACACCAUGUAUGUACAUGUCCUCUAUUAUCUGUCAUAUAUUUGACAACAUUUUUAGUUUGCACACACUAAAAUUAAGGGAAUAAAUCUGAGAGUUCUUGGUUUGGAUAUGUGUCUUUGUUCCCAGGUUUGUACAGUAUAUACAUAUGGUAACCAGUGUUAUGUUUAUAUAACUCAAUAAUACUCACCACUCAGUUUGGGAUACCCGUCAUCAAGUUUUGAGAAUCCAGGUUUUUUGAAGGUAUACUCUCCAUGCACUAGCCUGAUCAUCUCUUGUGUAACUAUACCAAUAUCUGGGUGAUUUUUUUUAUCACCUUUUUCAUAAUCAUUUCCUUACAUUUGGGCUUCAAGUAAGGCCUGAUUUACAGAAUUGUCACUGGAAAACAUAUUUGAAAUUUUCAUGAUUGGGACUUUACUUUGAAGAAUGUUCAUCUGAAAAAAUUAUUUUCAGCUUUCUUUGAUUUUUUGGAGAGGGACACUCAAAGGUUGAUGUGCUUCCAGUCAGAUUUCUCCAGCCACAGAGUUGGACUUUUCACAGAUCAGCUUAUUUCCAUCCAUUUUCCCUCUGCCGGUCUCGCUGUAUUACAUGGACAUAAUUGUUCUACGCAUUGUAAUGUUUUGUCUUAUUUUAAUCAGGAUUUUUUCAUUUUAAUUGGAACUUUAAUCAUUACUUUUGCAUUAUUUCUUGUGCUUUGUGUAAUACUUAUAUUUGUUCUAUUACACUGCAACACAUUAUUUAAUCCAUGUCAUUGUAUGCUACUUUUUUCAUUUUAACUGCAAGUUUUGGAUAAUUUUUUUACGUUUCUUUAUUUUCAGUAGGAUUUAAAACACCUCUGGUGUUUUUUGUUUUGUUUUUUUUGUCACAGAGCUUGUCACUAUCACUCAGCAAUAGUUAACGAUAUUGACAAUUUCAACACCAGUGAAAUAUAGAAAUUAUAUGUAUUGUGGAUUUUGAUAAUGUGUCCUCAUUUUAUGAGUUUCCUACUUGAAUCAGUUAAUACAUGCAUUUGUAUUUCAAAGAUGCAAUACAGUCCGAUUUUACAAUGAUUGUCUCUAGUCUGGGCAUGCCAAGUUAUGUGGUGAAUGAGCUGUGCUUCCAAUGUGCUUUUAUGAUAGCUGUACAAAGGGGAUUAUUUACUAUGUAGUCUAAGGUGCUGUUUUAGUCUGAGGUACAGUUGAGGAGGUUUAAUCAAUUGUGCUGAUACGAAAUAAUUACAAUUUAUAGGAGAGGCUCGUGGGCUCGAAAUCUUUGCUGUAAAGUCUAUGUUAAAUGCUUUUAUCCAUCAAGUGAUACAGGACAUGAGCCCUUGGUUUUUAGCAGUGGGUGAUUGUUAAAAAAAAAAAAGUUGUUUUGUGUUCAGGAAUUGUUGAGUGUGACAAAGCAGUCAGUGCCAUGAAACGGCCACGGAUCAGUGAAGUCAUUUAUUCAGCUGAUCAGUCAGUCAGUUCUUUAAGACACAUCUGCCCGUGGGCUUGCUACGCGUGCAGAAAUUUCCCAAAGAACAUAAAUUGGGUACAACAUAUAUCCAUGAGACUUGCCGUAGCUUUUCUUUUCAGGCGUAGUGCUCUGUUGGUGAAAACCUUGCAGAUCCUGUCUCACUGAAGGAUAACAUUUGUAAAGGCUUGUAAACGGGUACUGGUACUUAGGCCUAUAGGACCAGGGUAAUUAUCCCUCCAAGAGGAACUAUUUUGCUGUAGAUGAGGUAUUUUACUGCCAUGAUUUUCAAUCAGUGAUAUUAGUUCAGUUGCAUAGAAAUCGGACAAAAGAAUGAAUGUUGUCAAGUUAUUAAAUUAAUCUCCUUGUACACACCUUUGUUUUUACCCUUUUUUGGCAACUUUUAUAUUUUGCCUUUUGAAACACGCUGUACAUGGCAUGAUAGAGCAUCUUUAGUUCAAGGAAAUUUUAAAGCAAAACACAUUGUACAUUGGCAGAUUAGGACCUAAUUGUUAUGUGGGAAAACUGUUGUAAGUUUGGAAUGUCUUAGAAGGAAAAAUGUGUGUGAUCCUUAUUAGUGCUAGAGUAUAUGUAGGGUAAGAUAUGUGAAACAGUUUAUUUGUAGAUUUACUGAAUGCUGUUUUGUUAGCAGUACUAGAGAUAUGAGUGAAUGAGUGCGUAUACAGCUUAGCUGGUAAGGUAAGCAUUAAGCCGAGAUAUCUAUAAGAUUUAAUGUGUUUGGAUGUGGAAUAAGGUGGAUGGGUAUGGAUAGAGGCAUAUUUUAUAUGUUGUACUAAAUGGAAUGCUUUUAGUGUGUGAAAACUGGUGGAUAAGCGUGCAAUAUAAACUGUAUAUGUGGAUAUGGACAGGAAUGCUAAAGAUAUGGAAGAUGUAGAUGAUAUGGACUGAAGUAAAAGUUUAAAGGUUAUGAAUUGGUGAAAAUGUAUGGAAAGAAGUCCAUAGGUGUAGAAUGUCGUACAACAUGGCAAAUAAAUUUUAUGUUUGUAGGAUGUGAUUAAGCUGAAUGUGUGCAGAAUGGAGACCCAUUUAGCCUGUGCUGUGAUUGGUAUGUCCCCUUUCCAUGUACCACAUUUGUACAGCCCCUGGGGAAUGCCUAGAAAUACAUGUAUUGCACUUAGCACUGGCCAAGUUUGUAUUUCUGCUGUUUUAAACCUCUAUUCCUGUUUGUAGAUAUGUAUUUACUGUGUCAUGGUUUUGAAGACCUCUUUUGCCAUACUGUAUAUUUUGUACUUUUGUGAUACUGUAUAAAUAGUAUACAAGCAGGUAGUUGCUCAAAUAUGUAGAUAGAUUGUAACAUUUUUGUUUUCCUCAUCAUGUUAUGUAUAUGUAUUCCUUGGUAUCUGAAAAAUUGCUUUAUAGCCAGAGUAUUGGAUAGUUUGCACAAUAUUGUGCUGGGCUGUCAUCUUCCAUAACAACAUGUGGUGAAGAGAUAUGUCGUGAUGGCAAAUGCACAUGGCGUAGUGUGUAGACAGCUUUGUGAAACGGGCCCCUGGUCUCCAUUGUACACAGUACAGGUGGGGUGGCUUUAUCCCCAGGGUAAUUUCCUGGAGAGUAUAACAAGGCUAUGGCUUUACAUUAUGUGUUAGCUAAAGCACAUGUGCACACUCGUUACUUGUAGCUGAACCCAUGGUUAUACUCUGUAUGCAUGCAGUUAGUAUGGUACUUUCCAGUAAGGUUUUGUAAUCCAUGUUAUGAUCUAUUGAUGGUUUUGCCAAAGAUGAAAAGUGUGAAUGUAAUACUCAUUACGUACACAUACAUUACAUAUGUGCUGUCAGCAAGAAAAAUCUCAUCUUCAAAAUGCACAGGUCAGUGAUGAAACUUUUGUGGAAGAUAAAAAUAAUCACCUACUUAUUGGAAAGACUAAUCACUAAAAUCACUGUUUCAGAUUAUUACAGGACACACUGCUAGACAUUUGGGAUUUGUUAUGUAUUACUUGAUUAGCUUAUUUUUUUGGUUGAAGUCCCCUGUCCCUGCCCAGUAAACUUAGACCAUUUGUAGACACCAUUUUGGUUUAGUGAUGCAUCAGUUGAGUCAUCAUUAUACAUGUGACGUGUACUUUAAGAGUUCAGUCCAUAGGAAGUUCAGACAUUGAAAAAUGUGCCAGGCUAAAAGUAGUGUCAAUUGCAGUCUUCCAGGAACUGUGCAAGCACUGUAGAUCUUCCAUUUGUCUUCUUCCCUUGUGUUUUACAUCUGGUCAAUGUCACAACCAGUGCAUGCCAGUGUAGCUUGCAUGGUCAGGGACUUACAGGAAAAACAGAGCAUGUUUAAAUCAAACCUGCCAGCAUUAAUACUCAACAUGUAGGUUCAUUGGGAGUGGCUUUUUCAGCAGAACCAGUGCUGACGUUUACGUUUUCCAUAUACAGGUCUGUUGCAGUUCUGUGGUAUACCUCGUGAUAUUAGUCUCCUUCCCAUGGCUUACAUCUCUACAGGUGGCCAUACUGGACUGGACCUGUUAGAUUGUUUGCUAGCAUAGUAUUCUCCUCACCAUCAUUGCAUCAAGCCAUUCAGUACACAGUAGUCUCAAAGUCGUUUUUGCACAUGUCUGCAUACAUACUUCGAAAAAAAUUUCCUUAGUGAAGAUAACCAUCAGAUUUUAGUUACCAGUGGUCAGUGACCCUUGUGUAACGAGCUUCCGUUAUUAUGAUCAGACAAAUUUGCCUACUAGCAUGACAGGGUUUUAAUUAGAGGAAGGUGUAACUGACACAUGAUCUGAUUAAGAGUUGCUGGCCUCCUACCCAAAAUACAAAUUGAUAAUAUUCUAAUUUGGUGUGAAUGUUUAAUGUGUAAAUUAUCAGCAGGUCCUGCUUUAUGAAACCUGAAUAUGACAUCAUCUUUAGAAGGGUAGACGGAGUCAACAAAUAAUUGAUAAACAAGAUCAGUAAUUGUUGCAGACAAUCAAAUUCUGUAAGUAAAUUUGAGUACUCGAUAUUUUUCGUUUCUGAAUAGUAAUCAGCUUAUUGUUAGGUUUGUAUGUGUAUUUUUUUUUUUUUUUUUUUAACUUUUAAUGCUGUUUUCAAUAUUUUUUCUUGUUCAGAGCACAGGUUUUAAUCACAUUUGAGCGACGUUUGUGUAAAAUUUGUAAGUAUGUCAUUAUAUGAUUGUUGUUUUCAUAGCAAAGUUGUAUGAUUAAUUAGUCAGAAUACCAAAUAUAUCUGGGUUGGUCAGUAAACACAUGAAGGUGUCUAUCAGUAUAAAAUAAUGUAUGAAGUAGGCGAUAAGAUUCCCGGGCUGUGUUUAUCUACAUGUAGGUAGUGUGUGCUCAUGAGGGUACAUGCUCAGCAUUGUGUAUUAUAACACUUACUCGAUUUGUUAUUGUUAAGCUCCUGUUGCGGAACUCCCAUGUGCUGUGCUUCAAGUUUGCCUUAUUACUUACAUGUACAUGCUUGUACACCAGCCCUUAACCUUAACCUGCUCAAGUGAGCACUUCACUCCAGCUAGAUCAAAGGCUUCUUGUACAAUGUAACUUAGUCUUGUAUAUUCUUUUGAAAAUAGCUAAGCUGUCACUGUAUAUAUAUUUAUAGAGCUCUGUAGGUAUGGACAAUAAAGAGCCCAUGUCAAUAUAACAA